CAACAAAUCAAAGUAAUCAUGAUUCCAUGAAUGAAUCCCUAAAGAUUUUAUUAUGUCAAACUCAUAAAAUGUCAGCACGAUGAAUCACUUUCAGACGAAGAGAAGCUCUCAAUUCACUGAAAUCCUCUGUUUGAACAAUUAUCUGUAAUUUAUGUCAGCCAAUGCAUCAUUCAUCCCCCUAUCAGAUAUACAGGAUUCGCAUGCUCUGUCUAUAGGGGAAAAGAAUCGUCGAGGAGGGACCAAAAAGUUCGAGUGAAGGGACGCAGUAGUCAAACGGGGAAAAGCUGCGAUCCAAACUCGAAAAUUCUGUAUUUUUUACUAGCCACUAGCAAUCACCAUUGGAGAGACUUUUGUUUCUUCGUUUCCCCGAGUCACCGCUGUUGAAUUUCCUAUCGGACCGGGACCAAGACACACAAACACACAGAGUGAUAGAGAGCAAGCGAGAGUCAGGAAUUAGGGUUCUUCUUUUGAAUUCAUAGUUCUGGACUCAUUCUCCGGAAUUUUCUCAACAGCUCUCUCUCUCUAUCUCUCUCUCUCUCUCGCAAUUCAAUGGCGGAUCGCUCGGACUCUUCGCCUCUCAUGUCUCCGCCGCCGAUGGCCAAGCCCAGCGAUAUCGACCUCGAGGCGGGCCCCGGCGAACAAAUUCAAUGCAGAAUUUGCCUCGAAACUGAUGGUAGGGAUUUUAUAGCUCCUUGCAAGUGCAAAGGGACAUCAAAAUAUGUACACCGGGAAUGUUUGGAUCAUUGGCGAGCUGUAAGGGAAGGGUUUGCUUUUUCUCAUUGCACAACCUGCAAGGCCCCUUACCAUUUGAGAGUUCAUGUUGCCGCUGAUAGGAAAUGGCGAACCUUGAAGUUUCGGUUCUUUGUGACUAGAGAUAUAAUAUUUAUAUUUCUGUCUGUGCAGCUUGUGAUUGCUUCACUCACGUAUUUGGUAUAUUUGAUAGAUGGUUACCAGCAGUUCUGGCUUCGUCUUGCUUGGGGUUUCGAUAGUGAGCUUAGUUUCUAUUACAUUUGUGGUGCUCUAUUGUUUUUUGCACUGCUUGGGCUGUCUGGGUGCUUUAUAACUUGCUAUGAUCGAAGGGUUCGCAAUGAUUUGGCUCAGCCUUGUCGAGAAUUAUGUCUUUGUUGCUGUCAUCCAGGACUGUGUGCAGACUGUCACUUACCUGGUACUCUCUGUAUGUGGACUGACUGCACUACAUGCUCCGAAAGUUGCGCUGGGAUGAUAAGUGAAUGUGGUUGCUUAGGAGGUGCUGGUGAAGCAGGGGUACCGUUGUUAUUUAUAAUGGUUUUGAUUGUUCUGGGACUUUUUACUGUGAUUGGAAUAUUCUACAGUGUUUUGGUGGCCACAAUGGUAGGGCAACGAAUUUGGCAGCGGCAUUAUCACAUACUAGCGAAGAGGAUGCUAACAAAGGAAUAUGUGGUUGAGGACAUUGACGGUGAGAUGACAGGAUCUGAUUGGUCUCCCCCGCCCCUCCCGCCGGAGCAUGUUCAGCAGCUGAAAACACUCGGUCUCUUAUGAAAUCAAAGCUUAUAUUUCAUGUUGGCAAGAAUAACAUGACGCAGAGAUAGACUGGCCCUGUAAUACGGUGAAUCAGUCCCUACUUUGGGGGCCUUGGAAUCUUGGCUGACAAAAAGCUUUUAGCAGUUAUUGAGAAAAUCUCAAAGGCUCUGUUCAAUCAGUCUUGUGUAAAACCACCAGUGGAUGAAGAAGUUUCUGAAACUCACUGUUACCAUUAGUAUAUACUAUUACUUUCCCUUCAGUGAGUGUAAGAAAACAGGUAAAUGUACCCACCCAGAAGAGCGAGCAUUCUAAUAGUUCUUUUAUCUUA